AUGGAAGCGAUUGGAAGCGACUCUUCGGAUCUCGGAGUCUGUGAUGACAUGAGUGGAGACAAUGCGGUCACCAAUGGAUCCGUUGAUGUGAAGGACAGCACCGGUAGUCUGGAUAUGACUCAACGGUUUAUGACAUCAAUAGUGAUUUCACAGACGACCCCUUCCUCUGAGUCUUCACUUGAAUAUAGCAAAGACUCUUUCGAUCGAUUCGGCGAUGAUUUGUGUCAACUGUUGUUGAGUUUUCUGCCAUUUGAAGAGCACUUCCGAAGGGAAUGUCUGUCCAAACAGUUCCAGAGAUGUCUUCACAACUCUAUCAAAGUCCUCACUAUCACUGACACACUGUUUGCCAAAAUGAGCGCAAAGUCUGGAUCCUUUGGAACCGAUAUAUUGACUGAUAUUAUCAAGAAGUGUCCCAACAUUCAGACCAUUGAUUGCUACCAUAUAUUACGCUACAAAUCAGAUCAUAUGAGACCACUGUUGUCAGCCAUCGAUGGUCUGUCCGAUGAUUACUGUCGACGUCUCACACGAAUUGAUGUCUGGUUUGCUUUUAUCGAUGAUUCGGUCAUUAAUUGGGUUCAAAGGUUUGCGCCAAAACUCCAGACCCUCGGAGUCCGACACGAAAACCCACAAUACCUCGAGUAUUGCCAUCAUUUGCGUCACCUUCGGGUUCAGACAUUGACUGAUGUCUUCACUCCAGACAAUCGACUAAUGGCUAAGAAUUUG